UAGAUCUCUCACAGAGAUAGGUUAAGUUCUUAUUUUGAUAGUGUUAAUAUUUAUCAUCAAUGGCUUAUCGAGGAAGAAAAUCAAGGCUAUCAGGAGAGCUACCCAAUCCCAGAGGGCCAUCGUGGCUUCAUCAGUGAUGCCAAACUUCUGCAGAUGCUGAGAGAGAGGCCAUGGAAGCAAAGCAAAGAAAGAUAAGUGCUAUCCAUGAGAAUUAUGUCCGGACUACUCUCAUCGGGGUUGGCAGCACCUUCGCGCACCACUUCGUCCCCUCUAUUCAGUGCAUUCCGCGGCCGAAAACUCCACCGAGGCCUUUGCCCCGAAGGCUUGAACACAUAGCUCUGUCCCCACUGAAGAACGUAGUGGGGGUGGACGGAGCCGAAGUUGGACCCGGAUCUCACUCUCUGGAGUCCAUCCAGGUAAAUAAGUCAUUCAGCAGCAGUAGCGUGCGGCCUGUUCCCGUCCCUCCCACUGGAGCUCCCUCCAAGAGGGGCAAGAAGAAGGGCAGGCGGGGAGUCAAAGCCCUGAAAGUCCAGUCGGACCAUGGCUGUCCUGACAACAAUGGACCCAUUGACCUGAUGGAGGAGGUGAGGGACAUCGAGGCUCACCUGAAGGAGGAGGCCUGGAAGGUGGUACAUGAGGUGAAGGCCAUGAGCAGGAGAAGUUCCCAUGGGGGAAAUAGCCACCAGCUCCUUGGGAAGCCUGAGCUCAGUGGAUAUGAACACCCCUGCGGAGCUCCGUGACUACUUGGAUGUUGGGACCCCGGUCAAGUCGCGUGACAGCCCACCCAGGCCUGCUCCCCCUCCUACCAAGCCCAGGAGCAAACUGCCUCGGCCUAUAAGGUUCCUUAGCCUGCCAAAGGCUGCCACCGGCUCAGACAAGAAGGCAGCCAGUGAGCCAAAGGGCCAAAUAAAGAAAAGUCAAGACCAGGCCAGGUUGCAGCCCCUGUCCAACCCAGAGCAGGCCCUGACUAAGACCUUCAAGCUGCUCCACUCUGCCUCUGAUGACUGGGAGAAGAAGAUUGAGGGCUUGACCUCUCUCCGUGUGAUGGCUCAGAACCACAUGGACAUACUGAUGCCUAAACUCCAUGAUAUCUGCCUUGCCAUUAUAAAUGAGGUGAAGAACCUGCGCUCUGCAGUGUCCUGUGCUGCCAUGGCCACACUGGGUGACAUGUACGUCCACCUCCAGAGGGCCAUGGACAGUGAGGUGGAGGGGACGGCACGCGUGCUGCUGCACAAAGCCAGCGAGGCCAACACCUUCAUCCGGCAGGGCGCCAACUGUGCCCUGGGUCACAUGGUGCAGAGCUGCACCCCUACCCGUGUCAUGAAUGCCCUGCUGGUCGGUGGGCUGAGCCACCGUAACGCUGCGGUGAGGAGCUGCACUGCUCAGUACCUGGAGAGACUGGCUGAGGUCAUGGGGAUGGCUCGUCUCCUGUCGGGGAAGAAAGACCUCACUGACCGUUUCUUGAUUGCCGUCAGUAAACUGGCUGUGGACCCUGCACAGGAAGUCAGCAGGCAUCAUGGUCGCAAUAUCUUGAGAAACGUGGCCACUAAAAUGUGGGACAAAUUCGCCCAAGGAAAGAGCGAGAAUCCUUGAGGGAGGUCAUCUCAAAGGUUAACCUCAAAGAAAGGUACAUUCUCUCUGGAUGAUUAGAAGAAGUAUGACAAAUGAGCUGAUAUGAUUACAGAAAUCCAAUCCCACUGGGCACAGUCAUCAGUUCAAUGUCUAGUUUUGAUUUAAACUUGGGAAAUGAACCAAAAUGUGAAAACAACCAAAAAUGUUGGUUAAAAGUUGCGUGAAAAAAAUCCAAUUGUGUGUUCCACAUUGAUUCACCGUCGUCACAUAGCUUUUUUGUUGUUGUUGGAAAGAGGUGGAAAUAACGUUUAUUCAACCAGUUUUGGCCCAAUGGGAUGAAUUUAAUAUACUGUAAGAUUAUACCUUUCUGUCUUUUCUCUUUUUCAACAGGAAUAUCUGAAUAAUCCCCAACUUGACUAUAUAUUUGUAUCUAAAUAUUUGCACAUUUCCCAACUUGACUAUUAUCCCCUCCAGUCCCCAAACUCCAAUAUUUUCGUUCAUUCUAAGAAAUUUGACACUAUCAUCCAAACCCCCAUGUAAAUGCAUUUUUAAGCUGCAUUGACUCCUUGUCCAAGUCCUGAAUCCACUACAAGGCAAUACCAACCAUAUUCAAAGCACUAAAUGACCUUUCCUCGAAGCUCCUAUCUGAUCUACCAGCUCAAUAGUGGUCUACUGAAACCAUACUCACCAUCUCAGGUGGUGCUCAGAUCAUCAACCACUGACCUCCACUUAUCCUCAAAACCAGCAGUCCUCUUUUGGAGGCAGAUUGGUCAGUGCUCCUGUAUGGCACCAACAUUGUGGAUUUUCAUCCAAUACUUCUGGACUAUGAGAACAUUCUUUGGACAAUAAAAUUAGGUAAAAUGGAAGCUGGCUACAGUCUCAGUUUUAUCCUCCAAGACAGUGUGAGGAUGUGUAACAACAAUACCUGUGGUUUAACUUGAUGAUCAGGGCCAGAUUACCGAAUGGGCACGCAGGGCACCUGCCCUGUGGGUCCCGACCUCCAGGGAAUAUCAUCAUAACAUCCAAAACUAAAAGUAUAGUGGAUGUAUAUUACAGUACGUGGAUAUUUUACAAUUUGUGAGCUCGUUUCAUAAUUUGUAGCCAUGUUUUAUAUAAAUUUGUGCUCAUUUGGUAGAAAGUCGUGAGCAUUUAAAAAAAAAUUGUGGGGAUGUUUUAUAUCAAUUUGCUUACUGGUGCUCUUCCAUGCC